UAUCCCCGAGCCUGGACGGAGGCCUCGCGGGGUCAGCUCUGGACUCGUUGUCCCACGCAUGGCUGUGUGGGUGUUUGGGGGCCGCCUUGGCCUGCGCGGGCAUCUCGGCGCCUGCAGGCUGCUGUGUCCCCGUUUUCAGAGCCGCAGCCCUCAGGGCGAGGAAGACAGGAACAGGCUGCAGUCAUCCUCGAAGGCACCCAAGAUCCCCAAGAUUUACACCAAAACAGGAGACAAAGGGUUUUCCAGCACCUUCACAGGAGAGCGGAGACCUAAAGAUGACCAAGUAUUUGAGGCUUUGGGAACUACAGAUGAACUAAGUUCAGCUAUUGGGUUUGCCAUGGAGGUGAUCACAGAAAAAGGCCACACGUUUGCCGAAGAACUUCAGAAAAUCCAGUGCACGUUGCAGGAUGUUGGCUCUGCCCUGGCUACUCCACGAUCCUCAGCCAGGGAGGCUCACUUAAAACACACGGCCUUUGAGGAAGGGCCUAUCAUGGAGCUGGAACAGUGGAUUGACAAGUACUCCAGCCAGCUUCCCCCACUCACGGCUUUCAUUCUGCCUUCUGGAGGCAAGAGCAGCUCAGCCCUGCACUUCUGCCGGGCCGUGUGCCGACGAGCCGAGCGACGUGUAGUGCCUCUUGUCCAAAUGGGAGAAACAGAUGCAAGUGUGGCGAAGUUCUUAAACAGGUGCAGAAGUGGAGUAUGGCGGGUCUCUGAACCUCCAGACUCAGCGAUUACCUCUUCACUGUAGCCAGAUAUGCAGCCAUGAAGGAGGGCAGCCAAGAGAAAAUAUACAAGAAGCGUGAUGUGUGAGACAUGCGGAAACGGUGAGCGAGCCUCAGAGGCUGAUCUAGAGAGACCAUGGUGUUAACAGACUGGAAGUGGGCCUGAGAGGUACAGACUUGGGAUCACCUCACACCCCGUCUCAGACUCCUGCUGGCUUCCCCAGGCUGUGCUCAAGCACAUGGGACUGAGUUCUGUACUGCUGGAAGGAAAGGAAGACUGAAGGCUACGAAGAGAAGGGCUCACUCAGCAUUGGGAAUGAACGCGGGGAAUGUUUGAACCUCACACUUGGGGGGUGUGUAUAUAACAGAGAAAGAGAUUCUGCUGCCAACUCAGGCUUCUCAAGGGUUUGGAAUGUACCAUAGGCCCCCGGAAGUUACCAGUGCCGACGGGGCUUUAAAUGUCACGUUUAUAAAGGGGAAGGCAGGCAGGCUUGAGGAGUGUAGUCACCUCUGAGCUGCCCAUCACUGCCAGUGUAGGGGAAAGACAGCUGCAGGUCUACUGGGGUGCGGCUUGGAGAGUCCUCUCCAUUGGGCAGUGGUGGGAGUGAGGUCUCCAGGCUAGCGCUGAGCCCUCUGCUGUCACACUGGGCUGGUGAUGCUCCUGUGAGCCACACCACGCUGUGCUUUAUUCCGCUUGUCACUGCUGCUCUGCACUAUGAAAUGACAUUGCCAGUGGCGGCUGUGCCUUUGAGAAGAGGGAUAUUUAUGAAAGGCUGAAGGCAGCCCUGAGAACUUAAGGAUUCCACGCCUGCUGGUAGGUAGUGACUGCGGAAGCACAGGUCAGGGACGCUGGGCUCAGCUCAGCGCUCUCCACUGUGCACCUGCUUGGCUUCCAUGCUAGGUGUGGGUGGACUGUCCUGUAGCUGCCUUCCUUGUUGGUCAGUCAGCAAGCAUUUGACUUCAUCCGAGUGCCCUCCCACCUUCUUGCUGCUGUUUCAUGUUGGCAGCUACACACACACACACACACACACACACACACACACACACACAUAUCUAUCUUCUGGGUUCUUUAAAGGGAGAUGCUUGAGAAGGAGGAAUACUUCCCCAGGAGGCAGUCCUGUCCAAUGCCACUGCAGCCACCCUAGUGAGGCACAGAUCGGAUAUGGAAUUGGUGUUGUGUGUGCAAGACAAGAAACAGAAGCACAGGCUAAUGGUACUUAAGCAUCAUGCUGUUUCAGGCCUGGGGGAAAGUCGUGUUCCAAGAGCUUGCAGCAGCCCUGUACUCAGCCAACAGCCACAACUCCUCCUAAAAAGUCAGGCUGAACUCAAGGAAAUCGCAGCCCAGACCCCUAGCCUAUGCCCUGAGUGUUUUCGACAGUUUUGUGUGGCUCUCACGGUAGAUCUUAGCACAGGCUCCAGGCAUUGCCUAGCCUUUUGCACACCGCCCCCAGUCCUCAUGGGGCGAUUCCCACUGCGUGCGGACACAGCUGCCGAACUGUUCUUUAAAUUGUACCAAUUUAUCAAUGACCUCUCUCCACUUCUGGAUACCUCACUCCUUGAAAACAUUGCAGGAAGGCUCCCUACCUUUUUUUUUUAAAAAAAAAAUUUGUCAAUAGCUGUUUCAUUGAGAUAAAAUGCCACCUACCAGAAAAUUCUUUCUAAAAUGGACAGUCCAGUGGGUUUUGUGAUGUUGCCCAGUUUUUGCCACCUCAUAGCUCACACCCGUGAAGAUGGCUCUAGUUCGGGACAGUAUUCGCCUUCCUCAGCAGAGGUGCCCCCCUCCCCCCACAGUGGUGUAUUCACUGUAGUUAGCAGAGGUGGACCCCCUGCAGGCUCCUGUUCACACUGGACCUCCGCACUGGGAGUGGGGUCACAUUUCUGCAGGAAGGGAAACUGAGGCUCUGAACUGGCCUAGGCUAUCUCAUGACCCCCCACCCCCAAGUGCUCAGCAGUCAUUUUAAUCAUGGCGGUGUCAGGCACUAAUAGAUCUGCCAUGCGUUGCUCAGCCGAGUUUCCCCUAACUGAUAUUUCAUGGCUAUUGUUAGUGUGCAUUUCUCACUGAGUAAUUUCCGAGCUGAACUUGUAGCACAUCCCAGUGAUAAACAUCCCUGGUUCCGAGUCCCCUGUCAGCUGCAAUGUCACCCUUACCUCCUCCCGAGUCCCUCCCGACAGCCCAUCCAGUUUUAUGAUCCCUCUGUCCCAGUGAUCAUGACUGAACCUUUAAGAAUCCAGACGCAUUUCAAGUUUAAUUGAAUAAAAUUCUUUGUAUAAUAAA